GGUCCCAGAUUUAAAGCUGGCCUGCUUCUCUUCAUCAUGCUCAUUUCCUUUGAGUGACACUGCAGCAGGAGGCGAGUUAGAGCUCCCCCUGCAUCCUCUGGCCCGCACAUCUGUCUCUUCUUUCCUUCGUGCUGGAAAAGAUUAAAUCCCAUCGCUUCAUCUUUCUUUAUUCCACUGUUCUCUGACCUCUGCUCAGCGCCAACCAUUCUCCUUCUCCAGCGCCGCCCUACUUCCAUCUCUCCAACAGACUACUUUUUAUCUUCCCCUCCGACCUUCGUUCCACUUCUCAAAUACCACUAAUCCCCUCUCCUCACUUCUCUCUCUUUCCUACCACUUUAUUUUCAAUCUCUAUUGUAUUAUCGCAGAAAGCUCCCCAAUCUUCUGCUCCAGACAGGUCACCAGAACCUGUCUGGCUCUUGCAGCUAUUUUUGACACACACUUGCCAAAACCAUUUCAUUUCUCAUUUAGCUGCUUUUGAUUUGAGACGCAGUCAUGCUGGAGAAAAUGUCCAGACGUAACCGCUCCCUGCUGUCGCUGUUCCUCACCUCUCUGGCACUCACGCUGUCCGUCUGGGCUUUCUGCACCUCUUAUUGGUGCGAAGGGACACACAAGGUGGUGAAGCCGGUCUGCCUGUCGCCAGUCAAGAUGAAAAACUGCGGGCAGAACAACAGCCAGCCGUACACCACAGAGGUGCCCACCCCAGACCCCAGGAACCCAGCCUCCAAUGUCACGCUGUCUCCUCAGCAGAAGGAGGAGCUGGCCAGGAUAAGGAAAAAGCAGCUGGCCAACGCUGUCCACUACAUCUGGGAGACAGGGGAGGACAAGUACAUGCUGAGAUACUUCCACACCGGCUUCUGGCUCUCCUGCGAGAAGCACAAUGAAGGUGCAGAUCAGGAAGAAAAGUGUCGGAGUUUCAUUGAGCUGACACCAGGAGAGACACAAGGUUGGUCCAACACCAAAUUUUCAUCUCACAGAGGAGAACAUUUUGAAUAG